GCCCGCCCUCGGCGCAUGCGCGGCCCGCAACGCCGCGCUCUGAUUGGGAGAUCCCUCCACGCACGCGCAGAGCGCUAUGGUCCGCGAGGGGAGCCGUCUCGCGUCGCGUCACUCACCUCUCGCGAGCGGGCCGAGCUAGGAAGUGCCGCUCUUCCCCCCCCGUCUUAUGGUGCGGCCGCCGGUCUGAGCAUGCUGUGGUUACCGGCGCGCUGUCUUCUCCGCCCGCCGCGGCGGCCGCUCCCGGCGCCUCCCCGGCGGGGAAGCUCCGGGCCCGGCCGCCGCUGGCUUCUCUCCACCCCGAUCUUCUAUGUGAACGGGCCGCCGCACAUCGGGCACCUCUACUCGGCGCUGCUGGCCGACGCGCUGCACCGACAUCGGGCCCUGCUGGGGCCGGGCCCGGGCCGCCUCGCCACCGGGACGGACGAGCACGGGCUGAAGAUCCAGCAGGCGGCGGCGGCGGCCGGGACGGCUCCCUCUGAGCUCUGCGCGCACGUGUCCGGCCUGUUCCGCGACCUCUUCUCCCAGGCUGCCGUCUCCUUCACCGACUUCAUCCGCACCACGGAGCCGCGCCACCGCCGGGCGGUGCAGUGCUUCUGGGCGGCGCUGCAGGGCCGCGGCCUACUCUACAAGGACUUUUACGAAGGCUGGUACUGCACCCCGGACGAGUGCUUCCUGACCGAGGCCCAGAUCACCGAGCGACCCGACGCCCAGGGCCGCCCCUGCAAGGUCUCGCUGGAGAGCGGCCAUCAGGUGCACUGGACCAAAGAGGAGAAUUACAUGUUCAAGCUGUCUGAAUUUCAAGAGCCGUUACGGAAGUGGCUCCAGGGGAAUCGGCAUGUCAUCUCCCCUGAGCCCUUCUACCAGGUGGUGCUCCGAUGGCUGGAAGAGGACUUGCCAGACCUGUCUGUCUCCCGUGAGAGAAGCCGAUUACAGUGGGGUAUCCCUGUCCCUGGUGAUUCAACACAAACCAUUUAUGUGUGGGUAGAUGCCUUGGUGAACUAUCUGACUGUAGCGGGUUACCCUGAUGCACACCAUGCCUGGUGGCCAGCUGCUCACCAUGUUGUUGGCAAGGACAUCCUCAAGUUCCAUGCCAUCUACUGGCCAGCAUUACUCAUGGCUGUGGGUCUUGAUCCCCCAGAGCAGAUCUAUGUGCACUCCCACUGGACAGUCUGUGGGCAAAAGAUGUCAAAAAGCCUGGGAAAUGUGGUGGAUCCAGUGGCAUGUUUCAAGCAGUACACAGUGGAUGGCUUUAGGUACUUCCUGCUAAGGCAAGGUGUCCCUGAGCGAGACUGUGACUAUUAUGAGGAGAAAGUUAUUAAGCUGGUGAAUUCUGAGCUGGCAGAUGCGCUUGGGGGGCUUCUCAACCGUUGUACAGCCCCUAGCAUCAACCCCAGUGGGAUUUACCCACAUUUCUCAGAGUCAUGCUUUCGAAAGGGCUCUGAGCACAUGGAUGUGGAAGCCUCAUGUAGGGCUUUGGCUGAGGACUACGAACUAGUAGCAUCAGUUGAUCGCUUACCUUUCCAGGUGACUGAUUAUUGUGAACACUUCCAAAUAUACAAGGCUUUAGAAUCCGUUGUUGCGUGUGUGAGGCAGACCAAUGGCUUCUUCCAGAGACACGCGCCCUGGAAACUGUGCCGAGACAACCCUGCAGAGAAGUGCUGGCUUGACACAGUCCUUCAUGUGACUCUGGAAUGUCUGCGGAUUUAUGGGAUUCUGCUGCAGCCAGUGAUCCCAGCCACUGCGGACAAGUUACUUUCCAGGCUGAGUAUUAAGCCUGAGGAAAGGGCUUUCACAGACUUGACCUUUCUGCCUCGCUACCAUGGAAAGCCGUGUCCCUUUGAAGGAAGAAAACUUGGCCCUGACAUGGGGGCCUUAUUUCCUAGGCUGGAAACAGCAAGAAGGCGUCAGAUGGAAAUCAAAGGCCUUAGACCUUGACAAAUAACUGCUGUGAAUAAAACCUCCAGGGACACCCAGAACAUGUCUCUGUUUAAGUAUUAAACUGAGACAGAUGUUAGCAGCUCCUUGGAUCAGACAUCAGCUGGGUGGGUCUUGUGCAGCCUCCUCCAGCCUGGGAUGCCCUUGCCAGAGCAGGAGGCCCAAAUACCUCACUGAGCUGGAACCCCAGGAGUGUGAGCCAGGCCCGUUGUCUUUUGUGGGGUUUUCAGUGGAGCGUUCUAUGAUGGUGUCACUGGUAAACAUCCUCAGCUGGGCUUUGAUUCAGUAAGCAGGAGGAGGGUGAACUGGAAUUGCAACACAGAGCUGGAAUGUUACUGCUCUUUGCUCUGCUGAGCGGGUGGGACAUGAGAAUGGAUUCGGAUAAUGCCUGACUCCUUUUUAAAAGGGUAGAUCUUUGCUGCCAGCCCUUUCUAAAUAAUAUUUGGGUUCUGAAAAGUUAACCCCACCCCCACUUCUUACCCAGUUAGUUUCCUUUUCUGUCCUAUCUGCCUCUCUCAUUAAUGUGAGGAGUAGGGAGGUCAUUCUACUAAUGACAUCUGGGCAAGAGCACAGCAGCCUGUCCUCCUGAAUGGCCUCUCCUCUUCUGGGGUGAGACCCUUCCCAGCUAGCACCUCUAUGCAGAGAGGAUCCAGAGCCCUCGGGGGCACUCAGACCUGCUGGCUAACUUAGCGGGGCAGGGCUGUGAGAGAGAGUUGAAGUGAGAAGGGCAGGGGCUGAUGACGAGGCAGUGAGGGGAACUGGGGUUGCUGUUAAACCCUGUAGCCAGCUGUUCUGCACAGGGCUUUGGAUGCCAAGGCCCCUGUACUGGGCUCAGUGCCGAGGCUGGUGCCUUUGCCUGCUGGCAUCAAUGGCAGCAGUGAUAGCUGCAAGAGCGCUCUGUUGAUGGCUGUCGAAUGUUAGUUUCUUUUGUCCUCGGGCUACAAUGGCCCCUACAUGUUAUGUUUAGUAGCUUCAUCCUCCCCAGGGUAUUGGGGGUUGCAGCUGGCUCGUUACAGAUGGAGAGGAGGGCAGAUGGGUUGGAGCGCAUGCAGUGUAGAUUUCCUGCUGAGUCUGACCAAUUGCCCUACAGAGCUGUGGGAUGUUAUGCUGUGGGAGGGAUGCAGGAAGGUACCACCAUCGUACAGCUAAUGAAAUUGUACUCUGGGGCAAUUGCUCAUCUGUCCAGAGGCCAUGUGCAGGCAGGAUGUUAGUCUGUCACUGCUGCUGUUCAGUCUGGACAUGGGGCUGCUAGAAGGACUGGAUGAAGCCUAGUUUCCAAUGUUGUCAUGCUCUGUAGCCUUGGCUAGGCUGCAGUUGUAAUUGGCCUCUUCCCCAUGGAUGUGCUGCACCACCACCCCCCAUCGCCCCGGACCCCCACUGCCUCCCCCAGCACGCCAUCCAUCGCCCCCUCCAGGGCUUAAUUUGGGGUUCGCUGAGAAAAGUGAUAUUAACAAACAUGCAAGUAUUAUUUCUCACAGCAGACUUACUAGCUAGUUGGGAGGCUGUGAUGAUACUUGUAUGUUUGUUGCUAUCACUUAUAGCAGCCUCCCAGCUAGCUACUAAAUGUGCUGUGAAGAGUGAUAUUAACGAACAUACAAAUAUCACUUUUCACACCAUUACUUUUAUCCUGUCUGCAAAAAACAGACAAAUCCUACAUCAAUAAAUUACAAUGAUUUGGG